CCGGAUUUGAAAACGCAUUGCCAAAGCUAAAUUGAAUAAUGCACCAUACGUCCGAACCUUGCACCAUUUGGUGGAGAAAAGAAGAUGAAAAAAGGAAAUAAAAAGAGGCGUUUAGUUUCUCUCUUCUUCCUUCUUCAUUCAUCUCCUGUCCUAAAACUAGAUUUUUUUGCAUUUGCGAUUACUCUGACACACCGAAUACGAAGGGGAUUAAGAAGAACAGAUUAGGAGAAAGAAAAUCGAGUUCGUUCCGCAUUUGUCUCUUUUUUUUUCUGGUGAAGUUUUUUACGUUGCCUGAGCAUGAGCGGCACUCCCUAGUGUGUUUUUUUGCCGUCAAUUGAAGUCGUUUGAAAGGAGUGGAUCUUGCAACUUAAUAAUGGAUUUGGUGUCUAGUUGCAAGGAAAAAUUGCAAUAUUUUCGGAUCAAGGAGCUUAAGGAUGUGCUGACGCGAAUUGGUUUUUCUAAGCAAGGAAAGAAACAGGAUCUAGUAGAUCGAAUUUUGAGUUUUCUUGCUGACGAUCAAGUUUCCAAGUUGUGGGCAAAAAGGCCUGCACUUACAAAGGAAGAACUAGCCAGAUUAGUGGAUGACAUCCACAGGAAAAUGCAGGGGUCUGGUGCUACUGAAUUGGCGACUAAAGUGCAAUGUACACCGGAUACUGCUAUCGUUAUUGGUACAUUGAAACCCAAAGAGGAAGUCGAUGACGCUGUGCCUAUGGACAUGAAAAUUCGGUGUCCUUGUGGUAGUUCACUGUUUACCGAGUCAAUGAUCAAGUGUGAGGACCCAAGAUGUCAGGUGUGGCAGCACAUUAGCUGUGUUAUUAUACCAGAAAAGCCUAUGGAUGGAAUUCCACCACUUCCAUCCCAGUUCUAUUGUGAAGUUUGCCGCCUCAAUCGAGCUGAUCCAUUUUGGUCUACCUUGGGACAUCCUUUAUAUCCUGUGAAGUUGGUGGCUCCUAAUGUGCCGAUUGAUGGUACAAACCCUGUGCAAAUUGCUGAGAAAACAUUUCAUCUUUCAAGGUCUGACAGAGAGUUAUUAUCAAAGCCGGAGUAUUCUAUUCAGGCUUGGUGCAUGCUUCUCAAUGAUAAGGUGUCUUUUAGAAUGCAAUGGCCCCAGUAUGCAGAUUUGCAGGUCAAUGGUGUGCCUGUUAGAGCUUUUAGUAGACCUGGUUCGCAAUUGCUUGGGCUUAAUGGUCGUGAUGAUGGUCCAAAUAUAUCUCAAUGGACCAGAGAUGGAAUUAAUAAGAUCUUAUUAUCCGGAUGUGAUGCUCGCAUUUUUUGUAUCGGUGUUAGAUUAGUAAAGCGGCGUACUCUUCAACAGAUAUUGAGCAUGAUUCCUAAAGAAUCAGUUGGUGAGCUCUUUGAAGAUGCUCUCGCUCGUGUGCGACGUUGCAUUGGUGGUGGGGCUACAGAGAAUGCUGAUGAUAGUGACAGUGAUUUGGAAGUUGUUGCAGACUCGAUUACUGUUAACUUGCGUUGUCCUAUGAGUGGUUCAAGGAUGAAGAUUGCUGGACGAUUCAGGCCCUGUAUGCAUAUGGGUUGUUUUGACCUUGAAACAUUCGUGGAUAUGCAGCAACGUUCGAGGAAGUGGCAGUGCCCAAUAUGUUUGAAAAACUAUUCUCUGGAGUCUAUAAUUAUUGACCCUUACUUCAAUCGCAUUGCAAACAUGAUGCGGUCUUGUGGUGAGGAUACAAGUGAAGUCGAAGUGAAGCCUAAUGGUUCUUGGCGUGUUAAAGGUGACAAUGAAUGCAGAGAUCUUAGGCAAUGGCAUCUGCCUGAUGGAAGUCUGUGUCUUCAUGACGAGGGAGAAAGCAAACAUAAACCUGAAGCAUCUAAGCCGAUUAAGCAAGAAAGCACCUGUUUGAAACUAGGAAUACGGAAGAAUAGCCAUGGAAAAUGGGAAGUUAGUAAACAUGAGGAAAUGAAUACCCAUUCUUCAGGUGAUAGAGUGCUAGGAAAUUUAGAGAACGGUGGUCGAAAGGUUAUCCCAAUGAGCAGUAGUGCCACUGCUAGUGGUAGAGAUGGUGAAGAUCCAAGUGUUGAUCAAGAUGUUAAUGGCCAUUUUGAUUUAUCUAUUAGCAAUGGAUUGGAACUUGAUUCUAUAUCUUUGAAUCUUGAUCCUACAUUUGGGUUGACAACUCAGAAUGCUGUGGCUACGAAAGACGCAGAAUUAAUUGUGCUCAGUGAUUCAGAUGACGAGAAUGCUAUGAUGGCAAAUGGGGUCAUUCAUACCAAUGGGUUAAUGGAUAAUGGUGUUAAUUAUCCUGUUGAUCCUCAUGGAAUUACAGGAUCAUAUCAAGAUGACCCUGGUCUUGGAGUCGGUGGAACUUCAUGUCUUGAACUUUUCAAUCCAGAUGAUGAGUAUGGGCUGCCAUUGUGGCCGUUGUCUUCCACUACCCAAGGAGCUUCCAGUUUUCAGCUAUUUGGUGCUGAUGGAGGUGGCACAGAUCCUCUAGCUAAUCCACAUCUUUCUACUGUAAACUGUCCUGUGUCCAUGAAUGACUAUAUAUUGGCUCCAGAUACGGCUAUGAACCCUGCAACUUUGAUGCCUGAUUCUACUGUUGAUCAUUCCAGGAAUGACCUAAAUGAUGGCCUAGUUGAUAAUCCGUUAGCUUUUUGUGGAGAGGAUCCAUCUCUUCAACUUUUUCUUCCUACUAGGCCUUCGGAUGCUUGUGGACCUACUGAUUCAAGAAAUCACCAGGACAUAGGCAACGGUAUACGUAGUGAUGAUUGGAUCUCUCUUAGGCUGGGAGAUGGUGGUGGCAGGAGUAAUGGGGACUUGGACUCUAGGAAUGGCUUACAUAAUGGACAACAGCCUCAUUCCCGAGAAGUUAUGGAAACAGCUUCUUUUCUUAUGGGCUCUAAUGGAAGCAAAUCCGAGAAAACUAGAGAACGAUCAGAUAGCCCUUUCUCGUUACCUCGAAGCAAACGUUCUAAACAAAGGUUGUUCCUUUCAAUCGAUUCUGACUCUGAUUGAGUGCUUUUCAGUGGGUUUUUACUGAUCAAAUGUUCCAGGCAUGAAAAUAGUUGACAUUAUUGGCGGUUGUGAAGCUAGCUUGUACAUAGGAACUUGACGUUAACUCGCACUGAUCACCGAGAACGGAAUGGUGGUUAGGACGAAUAUGAGUAAAUAUGGAUCUGUCACAAGACGGAUCCAUAUGCCUCGGUAUUGGUGAGCUGGAACAUCUCUUUUCAGCUUCGCAUUUAGCCGGAUGGUACAUAUCAUUGCUAAUUUCUUUUAGCAGGACAGUAAUCGGCAGACAAUACUAGUAGGUAGUAGGGCAUACUUUUUGAUGAUGAAGAAAGUACGAUUUGCUAAAUUUGAUUAUUGGAGGUAUUCAGACGUGAUUUGCUCCGAAGGCUGUGAUCGUUUCAUGGGUAGUGGUAGGGAGUUCGUUCAAGUUUCAAGCUUUACGCACAUACAGCAGCCUCCUGUUUUUAACGGGGCUUAUAGCCUGUAAAUGUAUUAUGGGGAUGAUUUAUUUAUAGAAAACGUGUUUCUUUCCAGACUCCCUAUUCCCAUCCUUCUAUUUUCCCUUUCCCUCCGAAAGUGAAAAUUUUAAAGUAUGUUAUGUUAUUAUGCAGGAUUUUAACGUUUAAACGGCAAAGAUGAUUUUUCAGUGCCUUAAAACUUCAUUUUAUCUAUAAACAAGUAUAGUUGUUAUGCCAUGCUUUUGGCCUUGUUGAUUAUUAGCUGCAAGUGAGUAUAUAUGUAAAAUGUAAAAUACUCAAAUUUUAUUUAUUGUAGAUUCCAUUUAUUUGGGCUAA